CAGCGGAGCGGAUAUUCAAGAUGGCAGGUCUAUCUUUAUACUUUGAAGAUAGCCACGAUGAUCUGGAUGAUUUUGGAUUUGAUGAUUAUUCUUCAGAAUGCGAUGGCAUCCGCAUCACAGCCUUCCUUGAUGCUGGACAAGACAACCUAACUCCUCUUGGGAGGCUAGAGAAAUAUGCCUUUAGUGAGAAUACAUUCAAUAGGCAGAUUGUGGCUCGUGGCCUGCUUGAUGUGCUUCGAGAGUUCAGUGACAAUGAAAAUGACUUUACCAGUGUCAUGGAGACAAUUGCCAGAAUGUCAGAAGAUGCAGAGCCCACAGUGCGAGCCGAACUAAUGGAGCAGGUUCCUAAUAUUGCCAUGUUUUUGCACGAGAGUCGGCCCAAUUUUCCAGCUGCUUUCUCAAGAUACUUGGUACCAAUCGUGGUGCGAUAUCUCACAGACCCAAAUAACCAGGUUCGGAAAACGAGUCAGGCAGCGCUGCUUGUUCUGUUGGAGCAGGGCCUUAUCUCUAAAGCUGACAUGGAGACCAAAGUUUGUCCAGUUCUGCUCGACUUGACAGAACCUAGCAGUGACGAUGACUACAAGAUCGAGGCAGUUGCUAUCAUGUGUAAAGUUGUUACCAUGUUGAGCAAAGACACCGUGGAGCUUCUGCUGCUGCCGCGUUUCUGCGACCUGUGUAGCGAUGCCAGACUCUUCCAAGUGCGUAAGGUGUGUGCAGCUAACUUUGGAGAGUUUUGCUCUAUUGUUGGUCAGGAGGCAACAGAAAAACUACUGAUGCCCAAGUUCUUCAACCUGUGCUCAGAUACCCUUUGGGGCAUCAGGAAAGCUUGUGCUGAGUGUUUCAUGACCGUCUCCAACUCCACGUCUCCCGAGGUGCGACGCUCAAAGCUGUCACCCCUGUUCAUUAACCUCAUCAGUGAUCAGUCCCGUUGGGUGAGACAGGCUGCCUUUCAGUCUUUGGGGCGUUUCAUCUCCACCUUCGCCAACCCCUCCAGCACAGGCCUUCAUUUCAGAGAAGAUGGUGCCCUUCCAGAAGUCUCUAGGUGUACACCAGACAGCAACUGUUCUUUGAGCCCCCUGAACUGCUCUGACAUUAGCAGCUGCCACAAAGAAAGAACCAUCACGCACACACCCCCCAACCAGGAUGGCCGAGCCACACCAUCACCAGAACAUGUGUCGACCGCAGACUGUGAGGACUUGCACAACUUUGACAACCGCUCACCUGAAAAUACGCAAGAUGGCUUCAUCCCCACAGACGGCACCGACAGUCCCACAGCAACAAACAACGCUAAGAACACAAAAGAAAUGGAGCAGACAGAUGAGAACUUUAAUUCUUUCCAUUACUGGAGAGCUCCUUUACCAGACAUCAGUGAGGAGCUAGAUAUAUUAAAUUGUCCUGCAUCAAUGGAAAUGACAGAGAAAGAGGAGAAGAAAGAUGUAAAUGAAGAGGAACAGGAAGAGAAUUGUCCAGAUUCUAGUUCCAGCCGUGGUAAAGCUACCAGCGAUCAGAUCCAGAUGGUUUUAGACUGUUUGCAACCUCACAUUGCUGAUCCUGAUGUACAAGCUCAAGUCCAAGUAUUGUCAGCAGCUCUGAAGGCAGCCCAGUUGGACAGCACAUCAGACAUCAGCCCAACAGAAACCAGUCCGACUGAACAACAACGAGAGGUGCUGCUUGAGGAUGAUCCUGAGUGCACAUCAGAAGAGAGUCAAACUACAGAGCUUCAGUCAGAGACUGGGAACACUUGCACAGAGGAGCAAACUUCCACAGAGGAGCAAACUUCCACAGAGGAGCAGCAAACAAUGACAAUUUCCCCCGCCUCAGAAACGUGCCCAGUUCAAGAGCAAGAAGAUGAAGAGACACAGACAGAACCCCUGGAGGAGCAGGAGGAGCCGCCUCCGAACUUUCCUGUUCCGGAGUCUAACUUCAUUGAAAGAGUUGAAGAGGAAAAACAAGACGACUGUCCUCACAGCCUGGUGUCGAAGGUGAAGCCUAAAAUCCAGAACGUGAUCCCCCAGCAGCUGCUGGAUCAGUACCUCUCCAUGACAGACCCUGCCCGGGCCCAGACGGUGGAUACAGAAAUAGCCAAACAUUGUGCCUUCAGCCUGCCAGGUGUGGCGCUCACUCUUGGUCGACAGAACUGGCACUGCCUGAAAGACACGUAUGAAACCCUCGCUACUGAUGUGCAGUGGAAGGUGCGGCGUACGUUAGCCUUCUCUAUUCACGAGCUGGCGGUCAUCCUGGGGGACCAGCUGACAGCAGCUGACCUGGUGCCCAUUUUCAACGGUUUCCUCAAAGACCUGGACGAGGUUCGCAUCGGCGUGCUCAAACAUUUGUAUGACUUUCUGAAGCUGCUGCACGCAGACAAAAGGAGAGAGUAUUUGUACCAACUGCAGGAAUUCAUGGUGACUGACAACAGUCGCAACUGGAGAUUUAGAUACGAGCUAGCAGAGCAGCUGAUCUUAAUCAUAGAGUUGUACAGCCACUACGAUGUGUAUGACUACCUCAGGCAGAUAGCACUCACCCUCUGCUCCGACAAAGUCUCAGAAGUCAGAUGGAUCUCGUACAAACUGGUGGUGGAGAUCCUCCAGAAACUGUACACAUGCGGCGCCGAUGACCUGGGCUUAAACUUCAUCAAUGAGCUCACCGUCAAGUUCUGCCACUGUCCUAAAUGGGUGGGGAGGCAGGCCUUCGCUUUUAUCUGCCAGGCCAUCGUUGAAGAGGACUGCAUGCCCAUGGACCAGUUCAGCCAGCACCUCUUGCCCAGUCUGUUCAGCCUCUCCUCAGACCCAGUGGCCAAUGUCAGAGUACUGGUGGCUAAGGCUUUACGACAGAGCGUCAUGGAGAAAGCUUUCUUUAAGGAUCCGGGCUGUGGCUACUCCGACGAGCUGGAAGAGACUGUGAUGGCUCUGCAGUCCGACAAGGACCGAGAUGUCCGAUUUUUUGCCAGCUUGGACCCAAACAAAGGCCUGAUGGACACGGCUGCUCUGAUCUAAGCCUUACCUUUCCAAUUCCUGUCGAUCUACCUGCCUGUCUCACCUGUCUGUUUGACCGAUGCACAGUCAGCGUUACCUUCAACACCAGCACCCGACCAGAUUCCAACCACUCGCCUGCCAGGCAGACCAGACUACUUUGAGAAUCUCAACAGAUGUUCAUAUUGCAAUAUAAAAGAUUUAUGCAUGCUCAAACAAACAAAACGGUGUCUCUGGUUGGGCAACACAAAACGCACACAAGCAAAAACAACCCCCCCACCACCAACAUCCACCCCACCAUAGACUCAAACCUACGACAGGCCUCCUAAGCUUCUAAGCUUGUUAUAGAUAUUAAACAGUUUUGUUUUUCUUAAUCUUUUUUGUGGGUUUCUUAACAAACAAGCAGGUGUUGCCUGCCUGUCUCUGCGUGUGCACUAACUCAGGGGGACUUUUCUGAACCUAAACAGCAUUAUUAAGCUUACACUGUAAGCAGCAGCAGCAGCAGCAGCUGGAGCC